GGGACAAAGCCCGGGCGCUGCCACCAUUCACCCACCGUCCUCUCACAUCUCUGCAGACAUGUCCGGAGGGAUAUUCUCUCCUCUAGAAAAUCUACACGACCUGGACAAGGCCAGUUGUCAUCCGCUUGCCUGUUUCCUGUGCCAUGAGCAGUAUGAGCACCCAUGCUUGCUCGACUGCUAUCACAACUUCUGUGCCAACUGCCUCCGUGGUCGGGCUGUAGACAACCGACUCACGUGCCCUCUAUGUGGGCACCAGUCUAUAGUGAAGGGAAACAAUGCUCUGCCCCCAGUGGACAGAUUGUUGAAGUUCCUCGUGGACAGCUCAGCUGACUCCGGAGAGAUUGUACAGUGUGCCAACUGUGACCUGGAGAGCAAAAGGCAGGAUGGCGAUAUGAUGUAUUUCUGCAACACCUGUAAUCAACCUCUGUGUGUCAAGUGCAAAGAUGAGACCCAUAAAGCUAAAAUGUUCUCCUGCCAUGAGAUUGUGCCCCUAAGUAAACAAGCUAAGGAUAUUCACAAGAAAUGUGCCCUACACGAGGAACCCUACAUCAUGUUUUCUACAGAGAACAAAUCUAUGCUUUGCAUCAACUGCUUCCGUGAUAUGCAAGUGGAAAGUCGAGCUCACUGCAUUGACAUUGAAACAGCUUACAUACAAGGAUGCGAGAAGCUGGAUGACGCUGUUAUGACUGUAAAGGAGCUGCAGACAUCAACCAGAGAGGCAAUCCUACUGAAGGCCAUGAUUGAAGAGGUCCGGAACAGCGCAGAUGAAGAGGAGACGUCAAUCAAUAGUCUUUUCAGCAGCAUGCAGGAAAAGCUGGCAGAACGCAAGAAGAUCCUUCUGAAAGCUGUUCAGUGCCAAUAUGAAGAGAAGGAGAAGGCCUUUAAAGAUCAACUCUCUCACCUCGCCUCCCUUCUACCUACCUUACAAGUCCAUCUGGUCACAUGUUCUGCGUUCCUCAGCUCAGCUAACAAGGCCGACUUCUUGGACCUUGGCUAUCAACUAAUGGAACGUCUGCAGAAAAUUGUGAAACUUCCACAUCGUUUGCGGCCAUCACAGAGCAGCAAGAUCAAUACAGACUAUGCAGCUGAGUUUGCUCGUUGUCUGGAGCCCCUGCUAAUGUUCAACCUUCGGCGUGCCGGCAGUGUGAACGGCACGUGCUGUGCACCAGGACAUGGAAACGGAUGCAUCAGUCAGUGCUCCAAGGCUAUAAUAAUGCCUGGAUGUACAUCCUCCUGUGACAAAAUAUCCAUCACUGGCACAAUUGUUCGUAAACCUACCAUGCAUCGAUAUAUCAGCACCAAAGUCCUGCUGGCAGAAGGAGAGGACAACCCAUUUACUAAACAUUGCCGUAGUUUUGAAGACAUGUACAGGACAAUCCAGCUGGAGAUCCAGAACCUGAAGGACCAGGUCCAGGACCUGCAUCGGGACCUCACUAAACACCAUUCCCUUAUUAAGACUGACACAAUGAGUGAUAUCAUACAGAAAUCUCUGCAGGUGGAUGUUCAGAUUGCCUCUGAAUACUCAUCUGUAGAAAUGAUGAGGACGGCAUUCGAAGAGAUAUGGGAGGAAACAUAUCAGAGGGUUGCAAAUGAGCAGGAAAUUUAUGAAGCUCAACUACAUGACCUUCAGCUCCUAAAGCAAGAAAACAGCUACUUAACCACAAUUGCCAAGCAGAUUGCACCAUAUGUACGAUCCAUUGCCAAGGUUAAAGAGCGCUUAGAGCCCAGACUGAAAGAGCCGAAAGAACAGACGGAUGAUGUAUCAGAGAAAAUAUUUGAGGAGUCUUCAUGGCUAGAACUCCACAUCAGGACCGACGGUCCUGAAGAGCAACAAGAAAAACCACUGGAGCUGAAAAUGUGUGAAGACGCGUUGUUAAAAAGUAAAGAAUACUACAGGCUAAAGCAGAACACGCCAAACAGCAAAGGGUUAAGCACAUGAAGAGUAAAGCAUGCAAGAAGUUGACCAUGAGAUGUAUGUAUGUAUGGAUAGUCAUUCAAGGGUUAAAAGGGACAUCUAGAGCUUACUUAUCUGAGCACUAAAUGCAUUCUGCAAUUGUUAAAAUCAAGAUCUAACACCCCACCCCCACCCAAAUUUGGGAACUCUGGGACGCAGACUGCCAGCUGAUGCAUGUCCACAUAGCACCAAGCUUUUUGUAUGUAA